GCUAUGCGCAUGCGCGUUAGUCCGUCUCUCUCCUGACCUCCUCCCGGUUUUUGCGCUGCUGAACAACUUCUCCCGUGAAACCCGCUCAAAUAUAGCCAUACAGAUCCUGGCACACACAUGAGGCAUGGCAGCUCUCUUCGGGAAGAUCCAGAUCGGCAUUUAUGUGGAGAUCAAGCGCAGUGAUGGCAGAAUACACCAGGCCAUGGUUACGUCACUGAAUGAAGACAAUGAAAGUGUGACGGUGGAGUGGAUUGAAAACGGAGACACAAAAGGCAAAGAGAUCGAUCUGGAAAGCAUAUUUGCACUAAAUCCAGAUAUUGCACCUGAAGAAGAAAUCCCACAAAGUCCUGAAACCCCUCCGCCACCCGUGUCGAGUGCCGUCAAAAUCAACAAGAUCCCCCAAAACAAGAAUCGCCGAACUGCAGCACCACCGAAAAAUGAAACUCCUGCAAGGGAUAAUCGAGUCUCCGUAGGUACGACUCGAGCACGGCCGAGCCAACAGAUCGAACCUCCUCCACCAGCGCCCGCUCCGCCUCCGCCGAUACAGCACCAAACCCUACAGCAGCAGCAGAACGCUCGCAGGAAGUCCAACUGUGUGAAGGAAGUGGAGAAGCUUCAGGAGAAGCGGGAGAGGAGACGAUUGCAGCAGCAGGAGCUGAGAGAGAAAAGAGCACAGGAUGUCGAGGCCAUAACCCCUAAUUAUGAAAUAAUGUGCAUGAUCCGAGACUUCAGAGCGAGUUUGGACUACAGACCGCUGACCACUGACGAUCUGAUUGAGGACCACAGGAUAUGCGUGUGUGUGAGGACACGUCCACUGAACAAGAAAGAGCUGACCAUGAAGGAUCUGGACGUCAUCACCAUCCCCAGUAAAGACGUGGUCAUGGUCCACGAGCCCAAGCAGAAAGUGGAUUUAACCAGAUACCUGGAGAACCAGACGUUUCGCUUCGAUUACGCUUUCGACGACACCUCGACAAACGAAAUGGUUUACAGUUUCAUGAGCAAAGGCAGAGAGACAGAGAUAAGCUCAGAGAAGCACAACACCAUGACCUCACCAUUAGAGAUAAGAGCGCAGUGA